CAUCCUCAUCAUGAGCAACGUAACCGUACUGGAUGGUGGUUUCGCGACGCAGCUUUCGGUGCACGUAGGGAAAAGCAUCGACGGUGAUCCACUGUGGAGUGCACGGUUCAAUGCGACCGAUCCGAAUGCGGUGUUCAAGACACAUUUGGACUUCCUGGAGGCGGGUGCUGAAGCAAUCAUGACCAACACCUACCAGGCGAGCAUUGAAGGAUACGUGGAGUAUUUGAAUCUGGACGAGGAUACGAGCCUCAGCCUGAUGAAGUCAACGGUACGCGUAGCACAGAUGGCGCGCAAUCACUAUCUGGCGAAGGUUUCCGUUGAUGAGCGCACAAAAAUUCCACUGCUAGUGGCAUCGAUUGGACCGUACGGAGCACACCUGCACGAUGGAUCGGAAUACACGGGACGCUACUCGAGCGACGUGUCGAUGGACACGAUCCAGAAGUGGCACCGGCCCCGCAUUGACGCGUGUCUGGAGGCGGGUGUUGAUGUGCUUGGUAUUGAAACAAUUCCCUGUAAGAUGGAAGCCGAAGCCCUGCUAGACAUGAUGUGCGACGAAUACCCGACGGUCCGGUUCUGGAUUUCGUUCCAGUGUAAGGACAAUCAGCACCUAGCCAAUGGGGAGCUAUUUAGCGAAACGGUCAACUCCCUCUGGACCAAGGCUAGAUUGAGACGUAACAAGAACUUGCUCGCACUGGGAGUAAACUGUGUGCAUCCGCAGAUCGUAACACCUCUGUUCCGUAGCGUGAACGAAAAGAAGCUUCCCGAAUCCCGCAUACCCCUCAUCGUCUAUCCCAACUCGGGCGAGGUCUAUACCGUGGAGGAUGGCUGGCAGGGAAGGGAGGACUGCGUCCCACUGGAACAUUACGUGCCACAGUGGAUUGACCUGGGGGCACGAUUUAUUGGUGGCUGCUGCCGAACAUACGCACGCGAUAUCAAGCGCAUCAAACAGACUGUGAUCGAUCACGCCAACAGUAAUCAUUGCCAUUGAACGGUAUUGGACACCGGGUCCCUCUUACAAUCUGCCAUC